AUGAGCGCGGCGUUUGCAAAUAGAAGAAAACCCCGCAAGAUCCUCCAGGAUGACGAGGAUGGGAAUGAUGGCGAACAAGAUAAUGGGCCUGUGGUGAAGAGACCAGCAAGCUCGAAACCGAAACCGAAAUCGAAGUUACGGCUUUCUUUCGGUCCAGGUGCAACGUCGAUGGCCGACGAUGAGGACCAGGACGGCGGAGUUAUCACGCCGAAACGACAUGGGUUGGGACGCAAGGUCCUGGAGAAGAGCGCGCUACAUCGCUCGAUAACACCGUCAGGGUCCUCUGAAAGGCUUCCGUUGCGGGUGGGACACGAUCAAGAUCGACCGAGCUACAGUGACGAGUAUCUGAAGGAGCUCCGGAAUUCGACACCUUCGACGCCCAAGACGGGGACCGACGACGAGAAAGAGAAGACAGUCGAUGUCGCUGCGAAGUUUGGGGAGAUAAUGCACAUGUCCGCGCCGUCGGCGAUUCCCAGCGAAGCGGAGAUCAGAGAGAAGAAAGCCAGACGGGCGCGGCUUGCGAAGGAGCAGGACUAUAUCUCGCUAGAUGACACCGCAGAGGACAGCGGGCAAUGGGUUCUCAAGGAUGAGGAGCAAGAAGUCGAAACUAGACUCGUUAGAGAUGAUGAGGAUUUCGCAGAGGGUUUCGACGAGUACGUGGAGGACGGGAAGAUCUCUCUAGGUCGGAAAGCCGAGCGCGAACAGCAACAACGCCAGCGCGAAACUAUGCGGGAGUUGAUAGACGACGCCGAGGCCUUGUCCGAUGAAGACGACUCUGAUCUGGAAGAAAAGGCGGCAUAUGAAGCUGCGCAGACUCGUGCGGCGAUGGGUAACGGGAGUUCGGAUCUCCCAGGCCGACCAAAGACGCCUCCCAAAAUGACCGCGCUUCCACGUCUCACGACAAGCCUCGAUCGUCUUCGUCUCACGCUGGCGGUAAUGGAGAAGUCUAAAGCGCAGAUGAUCACCCGCAUGGAUGACCUAAGGAAGGAGAAGGCCGAGAUUGCCGUUCGCGAGGUGGAAAUCCAGGCCUUGAUCAAGGAGGCUGGCGAGAACUACGAGAGGUUGCGCACUGAGGCCGGCCUCACGCCGGGGUCUGAGGUCGAUGGGACAGGCGCCGGUGCGCUUCAAAAAUCACGCGGGCUCGAGAGCUUUGGAGCUUCCAUGGGGACGCCCACCCCUGGAUCUGAGGAGGAAACAUGA